AAUGUGCACUAUUCCAGGUCUUCUAAGGACUUUGCUGAUGUCCAUGGACUUGUCAUGCAUGCUUACAACCCACCAAAUGCAGAUUCACUUGUUGAUCAUCUUGGUUUGCACAAGGCAUUGUGUGUCCUUAUGGGAUGGAAUUAUACAAAAGUCCCUGAGAACUCUAAGGGCUACCAAUCAUUACCUUCUGACCUUGUCCAAGCAAGUAGGGAAGACCUCAUUGUGUGGCCGCCUACUGUUAUCAUUCACAAUACUUCGACUGGGAGGAAGAAAGAUGGUCGCUUUGAGGGUUUAGGGAACAAAGAAAUGGAUAAGAAAAUGACAGAACUAGGGUUUUCUGGUGGGAAGUCAAAGUCCUUGUAUGGAAAGGAAGGACACAUGGGUUUGACACUUAUCAAGUUUGCAAACAACCCAUCUGGCUUGAAGGAGGCUGAGCGUCUUGCUGAGUUCCUUGAGAGGCAAGAUCGUGGACGUAUAGGUUGGUCUCGUGUUCAUGCCAGUCGUUCUGUAGAUUCUGAUCAGAACCCUUUGUUGGUCGAAAUGGAUAUCAGGACAGCUGAGAAAAAGAGGAUACUUUGUGGGUACCUAGCAAUUGCAUCCGAUCUGGAUGAACUUGACUCAGAUUCUAGAAAAAGGGCUUUCCUAAAGAGUAGAAGAGAAUUCGACCCAAACGAAUGAUCUCUUGCCAUAAAGCCCACCUCCAUCAGUUUAUUUAAUUUGCACCGAGGCGCGCAUACCUGUCUCUGAUCCCAAAUUAUAGAUUCAUGUGCUGCUACUGUGGACAAAAUAUGUUACCUUGAAUAUAAUAUCUACAAGCAGUUGAGCUAUAACCUUUAGUUCUGGAAGCUGUAUUUGCAGUAGGUGUAUUUUCUUGCAAGCACCUACGGGCAACGGUUUGACUGGUUAUUUGGAAGAGAUCUGUCUUCCUAUUUAAGUAUCAUUUUCUCCCCAUUUGGAAGUUUAAUGUUGCCUAGACUUCCUGGUUGGGGAUCUUUUUCUAUAUUAUUUCCUUUCUUGAGUUGCCCUUAAGAUUUUAAUUACU